AUGGAGACCACAGGAAUGACUGGUGUGUCAUUGAAACGUGGGUCCCUUGCCGUGGAAGAUAAUGACAGUCUGGCUCCAGGGGAGGAGGUGAAAAGACAGAAGGUCUCAGAAUGCUGUCUGAGCAAAAGUCAGGAUAACCUGGAGAGAGAUUGUCUACCCAGCAGUGAGAACGUGCCUGUGGUGCCUGAAGCCGUAAGCGCCGGGGAAGGUAAGAACAAUUCUAACGCUCAGCUGGAAGAUGAAGAAGAAGAGGAAGAAGAUGGCCUUUCAGAAGAAGGUGAGGAGGAGGAGGAAGUGGAGAGUUUUGCAGACAUGAUGAAGCACGGACUCACUGAACUUGAUGUAGGCAUCACCAAGUUUGUCAGUUCCCAUAAAGGAUUCUCAGGAAUCUUAAAAGAAAGAUACUCUGACUUCGUUGUUCACGAAAUAGGAAAAGAUGGACGCAUCAGCCAUUUGGAUGACUUGUCUGUUCCAGUGGAUGAGGAGGAUCCCUCAGAAGAUGUUUUUACGGUUUUGACAGCUGAGGAAAAGCAGCGUUUGGAAGAGCUCCAGCUUUUUAAAAAUAAGGAAACCAGUGUCGCCAUUGAGGUUAUUGAAGACACCAAAGAGAAAAGAACCAUCAUCCAUCAAGCUAUUAAAUCUCUGUUCCCGGGAUUAGAGACAAAAACAGAGGAUAGAGAGGGGAAGAAAUAUAUUGUAGCCUACCAUGCAGCUGGAAAGAAGGCUUUGGCAAAUCCAAGAAAACAUUCUUGGCCAAAAUCUAGGGGGAAUUACUGCCAUUUUGUAUUAUACAAGGAAAACAAAGACACCAUGGAUGCUAUUAACGUACUGUCCAAGUAUUUAAGAGUUAAGCCAAACAUAUUCUCCUACAUGGGAACCAAAGAUAAAAGGGCUAUAACAGUUCAAGAGAUUGCUGUUCUCAAAAUAACUGCUCAAAGACUUGCCCAUUUGAACAAGUGCUUGAUGAACUUUAAGCUUGGGAAUUUCAGUUAUCAGAAAAACCCUCUGAAACUGGGAGAGCUUCAAGGAAAUCAGUUCACUGUUGUUCUCAGAAAUAUAACAGGAACUGAUGAGCAAGUACAACAAGCCAUGCUCUCUCUCAAGGAGAUUGGAUUUAUUAACUACUAUGGAAUGCAGAGAUUUGGAACUACAGCUGUCCCUACAUACCAAGUUGGAAGAGCUAUACUACAGAAUUCCUGGGCUGAAGUCAUGGAUUUAAUAUUGAAACCCCGUUCUGGAGCUGAAAAGGGGUAUUUGGUCAAGUGCAGGGAAGAAUGGGCGAAGACCAAAGACCCAGCUGCUGCCCUCAGAAAGCUACCUGUCAAAAGGUGUGUGGAAGGGCAGCUGCUUCGAGGACUUUCCAAAUUUGGAAUGAAGAAUAUAGUCUCUGCAUUUGGCAUAAUACCAAGAAAUAACCGCUUAAUGUAUAUCCAUAGUUACCAAAGUUAUGUGUGGAAUAACAUGGUGAGCAAGAGGAUAGAGGAGUAUGGGCUGAAGCCUGUUCCAGGGGACCUUGUUCUGAAAGGAGCCACAGCCACCUAUAUUGAGGAAGAUGAUGUUAAUAAUUACUCGAUCCAUGAUGUGGUAAUGCCCUUACCUGGUUUUGAUGUUAUCUAUCCAAAGCAUAAAAUUAGUGAAGCCUACAGGGAAAUGCUAACAGCAGACAAUCUUGAUAUUGACAACAUGAGACACAAAAUUCGAGAUUACUCGCUAUCUGGGGCCUACCGGAAGAUCAUUAUUCGUCCUCAGAAUGUCAGCUGGGAAGUCGUUGCAUAUGAUGAUCCUAAAAUCCCACUGUUCAACACCGAUGUGGACAACCUAGAAGGGAAACCACCACCAGUUUUCGCUUCUGAAGGCAAAUACAAGGCUCUGAAGAUGGAUUUUUCACUUCCUCCUUCUACAUACGCUACCAUGGCCAUCCGAGAAGUGCUAAAAAUGGACACCAGCAUCAAGAACCAGACCCAGCUGAACACAGCUUGGCUCCGCUGA